AUGUCCGACGGUCGCCUACUGCAGCGCGCCUCAUUUGCUGUGACUAUUGCAGACCGGAGAAAGCCACGUGAAGGUCAGCAGAUGGCGUGGAGACGCGUCAUGAAGAGAUGCCCAGAGCGAUUAAGUUAUGCGAUGGACGCCCUGCGGGCCACGCUAGAUAGCACGGACGGACAAGUGGCAACCGUCAGCAGAACCAGUUCACCACCCCCUUUGGAUAUUCUCACUCCUCCCGUUGUAGCUGAGUACUGGUGUCACACACAGGUACGGGUCACAAAAAUGAAGUGUUUGCGAAUCAAUCCCAAGGGUUUAGAUGAAGAAAGCCGGGAAUACCUCUCGCUCUAUCUACUGCUUGUUAACUGCGGAACCAAAAGUGAAGCGCGUGCAAAGUUCAAGUUUUCCCUUUUAAAUGCCAAACGGGAGGAAACUAAAGCCAUGGAAAGCCAACGUGCCUAUCGAUUUGUACAGGGGAAAGACUGGGGAUUCAAAAAGUUUAUCCGACGUGAUGUGCUAAUGGAUGAAGCCAACGGCCUUUUGCCGAACGACCGAUUAACUAUUUUGUGUGAGGUAGGUUUACGCUUUAAAAUUUUAAACUUCCAAACUCUACAAAAUCUUAUAACGAGCUAUGCACGCGAACCUUGGGUGCUUUUGAGUACAGAUGAAGCCGGUCACGUCAGUUUACAUCAUCACAAUUCACAUCACUCACACCACCAUCAGCAACUGCAGCAUCACCAACAGUCACUACAACAGCAGCAGCAACAACAACAGCCUGGGGGGGAUCGGGGUGAAUCGGAAGCCACACCACGGUGCAGCGAGGCACCAAAUCCGAUUGUUGUCGGAGUCAGUGAACACGUUCCUCCAAAUGCGUACGUGACAAAUAAUAACGGCCUUAAUCUAGCCCCUACGAGCACAACUAUCCCGCUGAUGACCAAAGGUGUUCUAGUUCCCACUACUGGCUCUUCCAAUUCUAGUCGUUACACCUGUGCCAACGCGUCCAAUAUGGAGGCUAACAUGCUGAAACCGGUGAUUGAUACCAGUAACCCUCCACCUGCUGUGACUGGCACAGCGGUAGGCGGAAACAGUAAUUCCGGGAACGCUGAUUGGCGUUUCACUCCGAGGAUCAUGAUGGCCCGCGGACGAGCGCAGAGGUUAGCUGUGAUCUGUGUGGCAGUAAUGCCUUGA